AUGGCCCGUUCAGUACACAGCGACGUGCACGCCGCACCCGAUGUUAAACAUGAUAACGCCAAUGUUGAGCGUGUGUUGUCGACAGAUGAAAAGGCCGAGCACAUUAACUAUGACCGUAUCGACGACGAACUAGCGAAAUAUGCCAACGCUGAAGCCAUCGAGAUCACACCGGAGGAGAACAAGAGACUGAAGCGUAUGAUUGACAAGCGCGUGCUGCCGAUCAUGGUUUUCACGUACUUUUUGCAGGCACUGGACAAAGGAACCAUGUCUUUUGCUAGUAUCAUGGGUCUACGGACUGACAUUCCCGUUUUAUCGGAUAACAGCAAGUUUGCUUGGCUCACUACUUGUAUCUACAUCGCUGUGCUGAUCGUUGAGUUUCCGACGAACUGGUUGAUUCAGAGGGUGCCCAUCGCCAAAUACCUAGGGUUCAAUAUUAUGGCAUGGUCAGCUGUCCUCGCCCUACACGCUGCCUGCAAGAGCUUUCCCGCCUUGGUCGCCGUCAGGACACUGCUCGGUAUCUUCGAGGCAGUUUGCCAGCCGACGUUUUUGAUUCUCAGUUCCAUGUGGUACAAGCGAGAGGAGCAAGCACAAAUUGUUACCUACUGGUACAUGAUGAACGGAAUGCAGCAAAUUGUUGGUGGUCUGCUCGCCUACUGCUUCAGUCUAAUCAAGCCGCCGUCGCCAUUGAAGUCAUGGCAAGCCAUCUUCAUGACAUACGGUAUCCUUUCCUUCUUUUGGGGCAUCUUCGUCGUCUGGUGGCUUCCUGACAGUCCUAUGCGCGCAAAGUGCUUUUCCGAGGAAGACAAGAAACUCAUGAUUGAGCGUGUCCGGUCCAACCAAACUGGUCUCCAGAACAAGAAGUUCCGUGUCUAUCAGAUGAAGGAGGCGCUUACCGACCCUCAAUCCUGGUGCUACUGCCUCAUUGCCAUUUGCACUACCCUUCCAACAUCCGGUCUCGGUGGCUUUGCCAACAUCAUCAUCAAGGGCUUUGACUUCUCCGUCCUGGAGACCCAACUUCUUGCCAUGGUCCUCGGCGUAGUCAUUAUCAUUACGCUCAUUUCUGCCACAUGGCUUGCCAACAAAACUCAACAGAAUCUGCUUGUCAUGGCCAUUUAUGUCAUUCCAUCUUUUGUUGGCACCAUCGUACUGAUGACGGUCAAACUCCACAAUAAGGCCACUCAAGUCGGACUUCUGAUCAGCUACUACAUUGUCCUCUCUUUCUGGGCCGCGCAGACGCUCUCCAUGGCGCUACUAUCUCGUAACAUUGCUGGUCAGACCAAGAAGACAACCGUGGUGGCCAUGAACUUCAUCGCCUGGUGCGUUGGGAAUGCCAUCGGACCUCAAGUCUUCCUCUCGCGAGAUGCGCCCCGCUACUUCAUCGCUUUCUCGACCCAUAUGGGUUGCUACGUCUUGCUCGUCCUUGUUAUCGCCUUCCUGCGAUUCAACUUCAUGCUUCGCAACAAAAAGAAGGACCAACUUGCUGCGCAGGUAGCGGAGGCAAACGAUGACCACCUUGUGCACGCUUUCGAUGAUUUGACGGACAAAGAGAACCCGAGUUUCAGGUACAUGUAUUAG